AUGCCCAAUUCAAAGAUUUCACAAACCACAGCUUCAGAGUACUCUUCCAUAUCCUAUCCUAGUUUAUCUCAGGUACAAAGUUUUAAAAGAAAAAUGCUUUCUCAGAUCGUCAUCUUUGCUAUUGGAUUAUUUUGUACAGUUAAAAGCUAUGGGGUCGGCCCAACUGGAUCUGGUGGUUAUGGUGGAAGUAUGGGAGGUUAUGGAGGAGACAUGAGUGGAAUGGGAGGUUACGGAGGAAAUGCUGGAAUUUAUGGAUCUGGAGGAGAAAUGUCUAAGCCUAAACCAUACAACUUCAACUACCAAGCCAAUGGCAUGGGUGCAAACAGUUUUAGAACUGAGCAGGGAGAUUCUAGCGGGAAUGUUCAAGGAUCUUAUGGAUACACUGAUGCUCAAGGACUGUACAGACAGGUUCACUACACAGCCGGUGCAGCUGGAUUCCAAGCUACAGUGAAGACCAAUGAACCAGGCACAGACAGUAAACCAGAAAGUCCUGCUGAUGUGAACAUGAUAGCCGAACCAGCACCUGCAGGUAUACAAGAAAAAUACACUAGACGAGCUGGAUCUGGAAGUUAUGGAGGAAAUAUUGGUGGAAUGAGAAGGCAAGGUGGAAUGGGUGGUUUAGGAGGUGGAAUGGGUGGUUUAGGAGGUGGAAUCGGAGGAGGGAUGGGUGGAUAUGGUGGCAUGGGAGGAACUGGUGGUGGAUCAUCCGGCCCAUUUUCAGGGAUCAGUCGUAGUGGAUCAGGAAAAAGUAUUCACUGA